UGGAAAUGCGGCCACUCUGGAAAAGACUGCCGCUCGAAGGCCAGAGCUUGAGCCCUGCGCUCUACAUCAGCUUUACCACCGGCUCAAAUGGCUACGAACUUCUCCUCACAGAUCUGGCGCAUGUCUGGUCCGAAUGUCUUACUCGCAAGCAGAUCCUUGUGAACUCAUCGAAAUAUGACACUACCAUCGAUCCUAACCAGGACGAUGACCAGUAUUUUGUUUUACUUCAAAAGAUUGACGACGCACUAAGUGGAAAGAAAGGAUCUAGACUUUCCCUGCGUGGGCAGAAGCAUGGGAAUGGUCUCAAUUUAUCCACAGAAACAGACCUGCCCUCGCCGCUGGAGCCUCUGACAUGGAAAAUGGAUUUAUCCCAGCUACGCCAAGCGGCUUUUACCAAACACGUCUUUCUGCCAGUUCUCAGGGAAGCAGCCAGCACCGAAUCGCGGAUGCGAUCACUUAUUGACAAGCUGAAAGAGAAAGAUUGGGCGCUGGGUAAAUUGUUUGAUAAAAUAGAGGCCUCUGGGAUUGAUCUCAGCACGGUGUUUCCAUCACUGACUGGUGUGAGACAUGGUCGCAGGGAAUCAGUAUUUUCACAGGCGUCAAAAAUGAUUAAAGGCGUCGCUCCCUUCGAUGAGAAUGCUUGGAAUUCAGAAUGUAUGGAGCAGUCUCCUAAUGAGUCAAUAAAAGAGACUAUAAUCAAGGACUUUUCGGCCACUGAAUCUCCGCUUGAUUUGGAGACAGUGGAGAAUAUGAAUGAUGAUUGGUGGACUCGAAUUCGGGAUUCGGAUUCUGCUAUCAUGGGCCCUGUUGCGUCUCGUAAAGUAGCUACGAAGAAACCACCGCCAAAGCCGGCGGAAGAAAUUUCUACUGAAAGUGACGAUGAUUUUGAGACUCGCCAAACGCCUCCCCGUUUUAAAAAACGCCCACGAGCUCCUAGCUUAGCAGGCAGUGAACCUGAGAGCAUACCAUCCCUUGGGAAGGGAAAAACGCGCGAGUCCACUGCAAGCCCUGAACCACCUCGACCAACUGCACCGCCAAAGCAGACAAAAAGAUCCAAGGGUCUUGGCAUCAUAGGCUCUAAGUCGUCAAAAAAGGAACUGCCAGCCGAGGGUUCGACUGGCUAUGAUCUCUCAAUGCAACCAGAGAAGCCGAAGGCCAAGUCAAGCGGGUUUGGGAGAAUUGGUGGCAGAAAGCUAAAAGCUCCGAGGGUCGAAGACACAAAUUCCGAUAGUUCAACAGAAUCGGAUGUCCCUCCUGGUGCCUUUACAAAGCAGCCGUUGGCGCAGGAGCUAUCAACGGAGUCAGGAGAUGAAGCAGAUCUUGCAUUACGUCCAAGCAAACCACAAAAGCCGAAGUCAACAGGCCGCGAAGAAAGCGACAAACCCUCGCCACCUCCAAAGAACAAGUCAACAAUGGCGGGCGCCGGGCGAGUCCUUGGGCAGAUAGGUGGCAAGAAAAAGGACAAGGGGCCCAAACCGGAGGAAAGCAAAAGCAAAAGCAAACAGCCACCUCAAGAAAACAUAGAUGACACAUCCACGCAUGACCAAGUCGAACCUUCUCACGCUACCGCGCCCAAAAUGGCGAAACGGGAAAGCAAGCUCGGUAUGAUUGGGGGCGGCAAAUCACCCCGUAAACAAGCUGCAACAAAAAGCCAGGCCAUCACCCCUUCAAUAGCUACCCGGAAAGGUGAAGCAUCCGACAAGGGGAACGGCCCGAUAUUCAUAAAAACGGAGCAAUCAGAAGCUCCAAAACGGUCAAAAUCUCCAACACUGCAAAUCCAAGCUCCCCAGAAAGAAGGGUCUGUACCAACAAACGAAACUCCAGAAGAACGAGCGAACAGAAAACGAGAGGAAUUAAGGCGGCAGUUGGAAUCAAAGAGUGGCCCUGCGAAGAAGAAGAGGAGGUUUUGAUAAUCACGCCAUUCAAAGUGUGUCCCUUCAGCUGCUCGAUUUCGAUAUUUAAUUUGUCUCUUAGCGAAUUGCCUUG